UCGUCGUAGGGGUUGGUUGUAGCGCCCGCCUCCUUCCACCUCGGGUUCGUGUGUCUGCAGCUGUACGCCGGACUCCGAUUUGUAUUUCGUCUUAUCUAUUUAUCUAUUUGUUUUUAUUUAUUUAUUUAUUCUAUAUCAGUGAUUCUGUUUUGGAGGAAAGAAAUUCGUCGAUGUUUUCAAGCAUCGGACUUUACUAGCAGAGUGAAAAGAAUGCGUUUAUAGAUGUAAAGUUUGUUUCUGAAGAAAAUGCCCCCAAGAGAAAAGGCAAAAUCAAGGAGUGCCAAUCCCUGAAUGAACUGUGCAGGUACACGCAGUCGUAAAUACACACGGCCGUGCACGUGAGAGACAAGAAGCACGGAGUGAAGCAUGCCAAAGCCCGUGCACGUGGUAGCAGCAGCGUCGAGUAGACUCCCGUGACCCAAAAGGCUUACAUACACACCGUACAGAAGAGCCAAGCAGGUAUACGAGUACACAUUUGUGCAACGCAGGCUCCACGACCCGGCCAGAACGAGGCCAUGGGAUAUCGGUGAUAGCACUGUGACUCUAAUAACAGUGGAGAAGGAGGCUUCAGUAGUUUCAAGGGCGACACGAAAGAGAGACCACCAUCUCGUUCCAAACAAGCUCUACCCUGCUGUGAAGAAGUUGCAAGAGACAAGUGUGAAAUAUACAAAAAGAUUUUCAACCAAAGCCCGGUUCGUGUGAAGGAUCGAAAAAGAAGUUUAUACUGUGUUGUGUUGAUGACGUUAAGUGUACAAAGGAAAUAGAAAAAAACACAAUAAACGAAGAGCAUAAAUACACUUGCAGAUUACCAGGAAUACAAACCAAAGCAAAUGGAAAGUAUUAAUGAAGAAAGAAAGGAAAGGCAAAUGUCAGUGCUAGACUUUUGAAAGGUCAGAACUGAUACCUCGUUAUGACGAAUUAAGACACAGAAAAAAAAAACUGACAAUGAAAUAAAAAAAUGAAUAAUGUUUCAUCUCGUGUAUUCCUAGCUUCAUGUGACGCAUGUGAACCUAGGCAGUCUUUUGACCUUGUUAUCGAUAAGAAGCAGAGGUGACGACAAGUACUAUGGUGUUAUUCAGAAAACUUUGUUAUCACUGUUAUCUAAAAUCAGAAACUGGUAUUUAAUCCGUCAUAAUAACACACCUUAUUCCUAAAUGUGUGCUGCUAAGUGAUCUUUAUUGUUGAUUUAUUUGUUGAUAAAUACAUACUUUAUAUCCUGUAUCGCAUCCGUAAGUGUGUACGAUGAACAAGAAAAGAGGUUUGGCUAAUAUGACGGCAGCAACACCUCAGUAAUGGAAGCCACACUGACAACAAGAUGCCUCCAGACAGCUCUCUCCUCGUCACCGCCAUCCGCUGUCACUUCCCAACAGACACUCGCAGAUCAGAAGCCUUCCCAGGAGCUCUCUCCCGAUUCGGGGAACGGAGAAGACCUGGACGAGUUUGAUCCUCUGAAGGCCUCCCCGAAAUGCUCUGACACGAAGAACGAAAGCGACCAGGAAGCGCUGAGGAGCCUUAGUAACUCGACCAUCUCCCCGUUCGACUGUUUCGACAAGGGCAGAGAUAUGACAGCAGUGGAAUCGUCGGAGGCCAACCAGCUAAGUGUCGAGAAGGACGGUUCGCCGGAGAGCGAGUCAGGAAGACAAGUAAUUAUAGCUAGUCACAAAGAUAAACCAAAGGAAAGUGAAAGAAAGGAACAGCUCACAACACUCAGUGAGAAAGAAGUGAAUUUGAUAUCACUGGAGGAAAAGCCUCAAGUCUCCCUAAUUUCAGCAAACCUCGGUGCACAAAAUACACCUAAAGAGAGUAUUGUACAUUAUUCAGAUGCUUUUAACAAUAAAGUGCUUAAUUCCUCCAUCCUCGCUACAUGUGGUUCCUCCCUCCCAUGUGGACCAUUUUCUAGAUCUUGUACACCUAUAAGAAAGAACCAACAGCACCAAGAAAUGAGUGGGCCCUUCAGUCUCCCUGAAGGAAAAGAGGCAUUACGUGAUGGUGUAUUUAAAACUCUACCAUAUCAGCUAAACUGUGAUAAAUCAAAAAGAGGACCCUUCAGUAUCCAAAGCCUUGAAACAGCACAGGAACCUACAACAUGUACAAACCUUUACUAUCCUGAGUAUUAUAGUAAUUAUCGUAGUCGUCUCGUAAGGAGGUAUACAAAUCCAGAGGUUGUGAGGACACAGCCUAUGUCAGGGGGCCUUCUAACCACGUCUUGUGAGCUUAUAACAUCUCCGCCGGGACAGUGCGCAUGUGUCAACCCUGGUACAAGCCAUGCCUGUGCAGCCAGACCCACACAUAAAUUGUCUCCAGGUGUUCUCAACCCAGUCUUUGACCAAGGAAGUUGUGAAACUCGUGUUACUUUUGCCUCUAUGCCUUCUACGCCAAGAAAAUUUUCUCUCGAUCUAAAUUAUAUUCCAAGGGAUUUCAGCUUACCUGAAUUUCCUCAAACAGCCGUAUCCUCUGUCAUUCCCAUCCAUCUAAAGGAGGGAACUCAACUUGUCUCCCUUGAUUCAGCCAAGCCUGAGUAUCAGUGCCUCUCGUCGCAGCCUUCUCCGCCUAUUGUCUCUUCGUCUGAGGAACAGAGCAAUCACUGCCAUCAAAACACAGACACAAAUUCUUCUGCAAUGUCCCAGGGAGUAUCAGAAUCUUCCUAUGGUGUAACUACAAACAGCUCAGCUUCUGGUACGGGUUUAGAAUCCUUAGCCUACAAAGACCUGGGCAGAGACCUCCCCAGCCUUAAUGCUAUGGCAAAGGUGCUAGGAACGGUGAGGAGCAGUGUGAAACCUCCUGUUCUCACCUCACCAGACUGGUUUAGUUUCUUAACUCCUUCCCAGGAAUCUUACACUCAAAAACUCUUCACUCCUGGGGAUCUGCAAGACGAACUCAUGUACCCUGCACCAUAUGGGAUCUCUUCAGAAGUCUAUCAAAAUAUCAACGCUCAGGAAGCUGACUUUGUCCUCCUUAAACCUAGUAGGAAGCCUAGAACGGAACCUUUGCCUCCACUUUCAAAGGCAGACACAGCACCCACGGUGUGCAUACAGGACAGUGAUUCUAAAACAUCAAAUGCAAUAAAGACUACAGACGUGAGCUCAUCAUCACAGUCCACAACACAGUGUGAAACCACCAGCAUGCAGAGUAAAAUCACUACUACCUUGAGUUCUGAAACCAAAAAAUCUGAGAGUCCUGUGGGUUUAAUUGAACCUUUGGCGACAGAGGAUGAGGAGGCACUGAAGGAAGGUGCACAAGAGAGUAGAAAAUUAAGCUUAAGUGAGAGGAGGAAAACCAGCCUCGAAAAAAUAUACAUACCCAGAGCAGUGGAACCAGUUUCUGUCUUGGAUGUAAAGAUUGAUAACUUUGAUAGAGAUGAGUAUGUGUCAUACAAGAAGACUCUAGGUGAAAAUGAUGUACUCAUACCUGACUGUCCUCUCCUUCCUUGUAAUUCAAUGCUUACAGACCUCUCUAAGAUUGCCAAAACGAGAAGAAACUCCAAAGGAAACGGUAACAAGAGCACUGAUUCCGAAAGGUCAAGAAAAUUACCAAUCAUAACAGAUCACGUAAUGGAGACAAACCUUGAAAAUCUUAGCAAAACCCUUGAGCAAAAGACUCCCUCGAGGAAACAAAGCAUACCAAAGAAUGAAUCCACGCAAAAGGACGAUGAGAAUGUUAAAAAUAAUUUGAAAACAACAAAAGACAAGGGACAGGACCAGCCAUCACGGGAAAAUGUAAAGAAUACCGAGAAAUUAACAAAUAUUAAAGACAAUAAUAAUUAUAUCAACAACAAUAAAAAGUCUCAGAAGAACAUGGCAUCCCCUGUGACUUCACCCACGCUAGAAGACCCAUUUUUCCUUCAAGAUCAAGCACUAUCAAAGAGACCGAAUGCUCUACGUAAGCAGUCCCUUCCGACGGAGGAACUGUUUGGAGCAAGGCGCCCAAGAGUCAACAGGAGAUCUAGUCUUAACCCCUCGUCAGAUUUUCUACAGCCUGGAAGGGCCGCUUGCAGAGGUUCCUUCCCCGCGGUCCGAGAGACGGAAGAACACAAUUUCCUGUUUGAGGAUGAUACUCCCAGGAGAAAAUUGUGGCACCGACGACAUGUCCUGAACGCCCGCAACGGAGAGGACUACUUUGUCCCUCCGUCAGAAAAGAAGGAGGGAAGCCCUGAGCGUCCGGGGAGAGGGAGAAGCAAAACUGGGCAGCGGAAGAGGGACAAGCUCUUCAUCAACCGAAAACCCGAGUGGAAAAGUUACUGCGAGAACUCGAUCACAAUCAAAACCAGUGCCAAAAGAAGUGACGGUCAAUCGAAUGGCAUGAGGAAGGUGGACACAAAUGCCGCAAAAUCUGAAGGGUUUGGCAAAUUCUCGGCCUCGUCCCGCCAUCGCGAUCUCUCCACCAACAGUGACGACAGCUCUGACUCCCCUGGCAAGGACUACACAGGUCUCGACGACAGGGAGGGCUGCAGUACAAGGACCCAGAGGAAGCCCAAAACCCACAAAUCACCCAGAAAGGGCCGACGUCAACCACGAGAAGGCCACGUCAACCCCAUGGCAAAGCUCAGUCCCCUAGGCUUUGAGUCGAAAGGAGACCUCUUUGCGAAUAAAGGCUGCGCUCUAGAAGGAGAUGUGAUCACGGAGGGCGUCCCGUUGGUGCCCUACGAACCCCUGGUGGAAAACGUUACUCCUACGUCGCCAGGAGCCUCGGGCACUUACUCAGACGCUCCACCUCCUCACACAGGUGCAACAAGAAAGCAGCAGCGAGGAACGGCGAAGAGGCGACACUCGCGAAGACCAGAGAGGCCGAAGGGAGCCUCCUCUACCUCCUCCUCGUCCUCGUCCUCAUCGUCAUCAAGGUCGUCCUCGUCGUCCUCCUCGCGGGCCUCAUCAUCCGGGGACUCGAGGUCGUCGCUCUCCUCCUCGUCCGAAUCGUCUGAAUCGUCUGAAUCCUCGUCGGAGUCAGAGUCAACAUCGUCUUCCUCGUCGGAUUCCUCUGAUAUUGAAGAUCUCAUUCUUUAACGUUUGGCCUUAAGUGAAAAAU